UGUUAAUUUGUAACAAUUAUGAUAGCUGUUAAUUGGCUAAUUGUAGUGAUCAUGGUAAUUGUGGUGUCCGUUAACUGUUACCACGAGUUCAUUGAUGAUGAGCUAAUCGCCGCAAUCGAUGACAAAACAAAGUCCAAAAUGUGUGAUCCGAAUGUCAUUAAUGAUAAUAUGGUCGAGAAGUUGGAGAAAUGCGAUGAACUCUUUCAUAGAAGGCUGGAGAAUGAAUUUAUCAAGCUAGAAAAAUUCGAGCAAGAAUGCGAUAAUCACACUGACACAUUUAUGGAUAAGUUCACCAAGCUACAAGAUGAGCAUUAUAGACAUCAUUUAUCCGAUGUAUGCGCUGGUCAUCAUAAAAAGUGCCAUGCUCAAAUGAAACAAAAGGCUCAGGAUAUUAUCACCAAGAAUAAAAACGUCCUUAACGGUUGCUAUAAUCAAUUAUAA